AACCACGGCUGCCGAUGAGUUUAAAAAGGGAUCAAGUUGGCGAGUUUGUGUGACUGGGGGUUUGCCUUCAACAGGUGCACAGUGAAGCUGAUGGGACGUAUAUCCCGGCCCAUGGUCCCCCCCCCCCCCCCUCAUCCACCCACCCCCUCCCCUCCCUCCCUUCCUCCCUCUCUCUCGCCACAUGGUCUAUCCUGUAAGCUUCCUCUCCCGAGACGUCAGUAGGUCAUUAAUAACCAAUUAGGAGGUCACUCAGGCGGCUAUAAAGAGGGCUGAGGAUUUUUUGGAGGGGUUUUGUUGGAGAUACUUCUGUUCUGUCCUUCACCCCCCUCUCUCCGUCUCUCCUCGCCCUCCCGUUCUCUGCCGCCGUCCUCUCUCCACCUCUUGGGAGCCGCGACCGACCUUCCCCGCCCCCCCCCCCCCCACCCCCCACCCCCCUUGAGUCAUGGGCUCAGUCCUACCGUCCGAGGCGCUGUCUCUCAAGGCUGGCUUCAAGCCUCACGGUUUCUCGCUGGCGGAGAUCAUCACAUCCGACAUCCUGCACAGUUUUCUGUACGGCCGGUGGAGAAACGUCCUCGGCGAGCAGCUGUUCGAGGAGAAGAACGGCAGCGGGCAGAAGACGGCGUUCACGGCAGAGGCGCUGGCUCAGUCCUUCACCGGAGAGGUGCAGAAGCUGUCCAGCCUGGUGCUCCCGUCCGAGGUGAUCAUAGCCCAGAGCUCCAUCCCCGGCGAAGGUCUCGGCAUCUUCUCCAAGACGUGGAUUAAACCCGGCACCGAGAUGGGGCCAUUCACCGGCAGAGUCAUCUCCCCGGAACACGUGGAUCUGUUCAAGAACAAUAACCUGAUGUGGGAGGUUUUCAAUGACGACGGCACGGUGCGCUAUUUCAUAGACGCCAGCCAGGAGGACCACCGCAGCUGGAUGACCUACAUCAAGUGUGCCAGGAACGAGCAGGAGCAGAACCUGGAAGUGGUCCAGAUCGGGAACAACAUCUUCUAUAAAGCCACCGAGACAAUACCCCCGGACCAAGAAUUGCUGGUGUGGUACGGAAACACCCAGAACACAUUCCUCGGGAUACCCGGGGUCCCGGGAAUUGAAGAGGAACACAGGAAAAAGAACAAAGAUGACGAGCCUGGAGCAGCGGAUGGCUCUGGCGGCAGCAGUGCGGGCCGCAUGCGUUGCGUGAUCUGUUACCGCGGCUUCAACUCCCGCAGCAACCUGCGCUCCCACAUGCGCAUCCACACGCUGGACAAGCCGUUCAUCUGCCGCUUCUGCAACCGCCGCUUCAGCCAGUCCUCCACGCUGCGCAACCACGUCCGCCUGCACACGGGCGAGCGGCCCUACAAGUGCCAGGUGUGUCAGAGCGCCUACUCGCAGCUCGCCGGCCUGCGGGCCCACCAGAAGAGCGCUCGCCACCGGCCCUCAGCCGCCUCGCUGCAACAGCACUCGCCCCACACGGCCGCCCUCGCACACCGCAUCCCCACCAUGGUGCUGUGACUGGCCCGCCCGCCGCUCCACGCUCAACACAAGCCUCGCACCAGCUGAAUAUGUCCAUUGCCAGCGGCUGUGGGGGAGAGAAGGCGCAUCACCAUGGCUGAAAUAGACUUGAUGGGCCGAAUGGCCUAGUACUGUUCCCAUCACUUAUGAUCCAUGCCAUUGGGACGCGACCCACCCCGGGCACCAGUUCCUCCCCAGUCGCGGCGAGUCCACCUCGAACCAACGUAGGCACAAGGUUCCCUGCAUCUCUCCGGCGCCUGGUUGUCGCUCC